CCACCCCUGGCUUUCCCGUAUAAAUUGAGCGCACAACACCAUCGCCACCACACUGGCACAGACUGGCACUGUUCCAUCUUUGCCUAUCCAUUUAUUAUGGCCACAGACCACCAGAAUCCUGCAUCCAAGCAGCAGCAGCCAGGCUCCAGUGCACUCAAGUUGGUUAUCUAUGAGCAGGAAAACUUCCAGGGACGCUGCCAUGAGCUGACUGGUCCCUGUAACAACCUGGAGGAAGCCGGCGUGGAGAAAGUGGGCUCCAUAUUGGUGCUUUGUGGACCAUGGGUGGGAUACGAGCAGGCGGACUGCAAGGGCGAGCAGUAUGUGUUUGAGAAGGGGGAGUAUCCUCGCUGGGAUUCCUGGACCAACAGCAGACGCAGUGACACCAUCGUCGCAUUCCGACCCAUCAAAGUGGACAGCCAGGAGCACAAGAUUGUGCUUUAUGAGAACCCCAGCUUUGCGGGGAAGAAGAUAGAAAUCGUCGACGACGACGUCCCCAGCUUCCAUGCACAUGGUUACCAAGAAAAGGUCUCCUCGGUUCGGGUUCAGAGCGGCACCUGGGUGGGCUAUCAGUACCCGGGCUACAGAGGCUACCAGUACCUGUUUGAGAAGGGCGAGUAUAAGGACAACAUGGAGUUCGGGGCCCAGAUCCCGCAGAUCCAGUCAGUUCGGCGCAUCAGAGACAUGCAGUGGCAUCAGAGGGGUGCUUUUCACCCUGUCAACUAAGCUUGUGAUUGUUUCCUAGUAUGAACCUUGACCUCUGCAGCCCUCAUUAGUUGCACCCUGCACCAGUAGGCCAACGUAUUGCAGCGGUGCAGACAUGAUAUCCUUCAAGCAAUUGAAUAAAAUGUUCUUGCUUA